CCGCAGCGCCGCGGGGGCCCCGGAGCAAGAGCGGCGGGGCACGGGGCGCGCGGGCGCCGGGUCACCAUGAGGACUCUCCGCAGGUUGAAGUUCAUGAGUUCGCCCAGCCUCAGAGACCUGGGCAAGAGAGAGCCGGCCGCCAGCGGCGCGGACGAACGGGGCACGCAGCAGCGCCGGGCCUGCGCCAACGCCACCUGGAACAGCAUCCACAACGGAGUAAUCGCCGUCUUCCAGCGCAAAGGACUACCUGACCAGGAGCUCUUCAGCCUCAACGAGGGUGUCCGGCAGCUGCUGAAGACAGAGCUGGGGUCAUUCUUCACGGAGUACCUGCAGAACCAGCUGCUGACCAAAGGCAUGGUGAUCCUCCGAGACAAGAUCCACUUCUACGAGGGACAGAAGCUGCUGGACUCGCUGGCAGAGACGUGGGACUUCUUCUUCAGCGACGUGCUACCUGCCCUGCAGGCCAUCUUCUACCCAGUGCAGGGCAAGGAGCCGUCGGUGCGCCAGCUGGCCCUGCUGCACUUCCGGAACACCAUCACGCUGAGCGUGAAGCUGGAGGACGCGCUGGCCCGCGCCCACGCCCGCGUGCCGGCCGCCAUCGUGCAGAUGCUCCUGGUGUUGCAGGGGGUGCACGAGUCCAGGGGUGUGACUGAGGACUACCUGCGGCUGGAGGCGCUGGUGCAGAAGGUGGUGUCGCCCUACCUGGGCACCUAUGGCCUCUACUCCAGUGAGGGGCCCUUUGCACACUCCUGCAUCCUGGAGAAGCACUGCCUGCGGCGCUCACGCUCCGGCGACGUCCUGGCCAAGAACCCUGUGGUGCGGUCCAAGAGCUACAACAUCCCACUGCUGAACCCCGUGGCCGAGCAUGAGGCCGAGGGCGCAGCAGGCAGCACGGGCAUCCGUCGGCACUCUGUCUCUGAGAUGACCUCCUGCCCAGACCCCCAGGCCUUCGCUGAGGCGGCGCACCACUCUGGACCCUGCCCCAGCAGACUGGACCCCUCUGCCCAGGCCACCGAGCCGGGCCUGGACCCCAGCCCUGAGAACCUGGUGGACAGAGUGCUGGAGUCCGCGGACUCGGACUCUGAGGGCAUCUUCAUUGACUUUGGCCGGCAUGGCGGUGGCGAGUUCGAGGCAGGGCGGGGCAGGCAGACCAUAGUGUGA